CUGCAAGCAGUUGCUAGCUAGCUGCUCUCAUAGUCUCUUAACACUUGUAAUUUCUUCAUGCGUUUACGGGAUGUCGCUGCGAACUUUACCAAUUUUAUUCCUCAAUCUCGGGGGAGAGAUGCUUUAUAUCUUGGAUCAAAGAUUACGAGCACAAUCGAUUCCCGACGAGAAGGCAAGAAAAGGUAAGCUUCGAUCAGUCGAGCGGAUGUAUUUGCGUUUGAUAAGUUAUGGCGUCCCCUCGAAAAAGCUCUCCUAACUAAUUUAACAAACGAGCACGCAAAAUAUUUCGUGCCUAAAACUUAGAUUUUGCGUCUUGAAUCGAAGUGUUGUGGUUACCUCCUUCAAAAUAAAGUGUUAUUAUGGUGGUUUGUAGCUACGGAUCUCGCAUAUUUGUUUGCAUUGGGCGAGAACGAAAUUACAAUUUUUGCUACUUUGGAUGAAUUAACCGAAAAUGACCUGUCAAAUUCAAUCUUUCUCGACCAGUUUUGUGUUUCUCGUGAUAGCUGUUGGUAUAGAUAUAAGUAGAAUAUGUUUAUGCCAGUUUUUAAAGUUAUUACGGAGUGUUUUGGGUAUGUUUUUUCACCUGAAACUGAGAGGCCGGUUACACUCAAGCUAAUACCAUAAGCUUUAUAAUGCCGUCCGUUUAUUCUGUCAGCUCUCUGUAAUCCGAUGGUGAAUUGCUUUAAUUAAAAUUGUUCCUAUUAUAAAUCGGUCUCAGUUUUUUCUUUGUAACACGCAAGAUACUUUCCGAAAAAUGAGUGUUAGUUCAAUUCUACAAGAAAUAGACUAUUGCUAUGGAAUGGGGUCAACGUUUAUGUCUCCCAUUCGUAAAUAGAUCAUAGUUCAGGUUGUAGAAUAAGCUUUUUCGCUUGAUUCGAUGUAGAGGAGCUUUACUUUUCCAAUUUUUGAUGCUCAAGCGAGAAAAAAAGCUAUCGUUUUAUAAGUAAGAAACCGUGGUCAGGCGCUUUCACAGUGUUAGGCUACAGUUUCUUUCUCUGCAGAUGUAAUCAUUUGCAGGCUUGAAAGAGAAUUGUUCCCAUCAGAAGUGCUCCAGACAAAAGCAAUUGUAAUAAGUUAGAAAUGAUUUUAUAGGUGUACCACUAGAGGCAUACUGAUUUUUGUCCUUUUGGUUUACAUCCAACAAAUAUCAUGCAUUUGUUUAUUAAAACAAUGGGGUAUUUCCAAGUUAAGGUAAUCUGUCAGUGGCUCAAAGCAAAAGAUAAAGAAUUAUCUUUAUUUGCCAUGAGCUAUUCAUUCAGCUGCCAGGGACAAGAAAAGUCAGGUGCAUCUUUUUUUAUGCAAAACAACAUGCAUUUACCAUGGAUGUUUGUUAAAUUGAUUCAACAUUUAAGAAGUGAACAGCCAUUACAGCUCCCCUAAUGUUUUGGUUAAGAGCAUUUUUACUUCCACUACACAACUAAACCUCUGAUCGUGAAUAAUUAGUUUUGAGACUUGCCUCUGUUGGAAAACAGCUUAGUAAUUUGAAGGCUAGGAACAGCAGAUGUUAUGUGAAAUAUUAUACUACAUUAGUGACUAUUUUGUGAUCUUUUGGACUGUAUAAAGUAUUUGAUGCACAUAAUGUUCUGGUAUUAGAUACCUUUUGAGAUUCCCCAAAGGUAAAUUAAGAAGUUCUCAGCUAUUGUAACAAAAAGACUAAAAUUUUAAGAUUAAUUUUUAAUCAUGUCUGUUUUGACAUGUAUUUGUCUUUUGUAAUAACUGUUUCGGACUAAUUUAUUUCCCAGAUUAUGUAUCCCUAAAUUUCCCUAUUUUUCAACCUUUUAGUGUAAUAUUUGUUUUCACCGUCAUUUUCAUGUUAUUGCAAAUUGAAAUAUCAGGAAUGUUAUAAAACUCGGGCAGAACCAUGCAAACUAAUGUCAUGAAGCUAAAAGUUACAGAUUAGUUUGAAACAGUAACAAAAGAAUUGUCAGGAAAAAAAGUGGCAUUGUAAUUCAUUGUAUAUCACAUGUAAGGCCAAAACCCAAUUUUCAGACUGUUUUGGGUUAAAAUUUUUCUCUGUUAGCUUUUCGUGUAAAAGACUCUUGGGAAGAGCACAAAGUGUCUUGGGGCUUUAGAACCAUGACACAUAUUGCAAAGAGUGCAGCACAAAAUUUUGGUGUUGACGUGUGAUCUUUCUCUCUGCUGUUGUCAUUGCCAUACCAAUAAAGGAAAGGCUGAGGAAAUUUUUAAUAGUGAUAAUAUUGUAUCAGAAGUUUCUCACACACGAUGUUUAGUCAUUAUUCACAUCCCUUGCAGCUGCAAGUAGAACCCUGAUGUGUGAUCUCUUUUUAGAUGCAAGCCAGGAAUAUGUUGAAAUUCUAUUGUGUUUACUCUAUGCGAGGCUAUUUCACUUUGAAUGUUGGGUGUUGAUAAAAGUUACUUGAUCCUCCAACAAGAUGAGGUAAAAAAUCGAGCUUAGCUUUUGCAAGGGGAUUUGGGUUACCUUGUGGUUCCUGGAAAAUUUACAGAAGUGUGAAUCAUAUGAAUCUCAUAAAAUUUUGGUGCACUUAGGUUUGUCACAUGGGUACCCGAGAAGAAAAUGUAUGCAGUAUGUCUAGUAUGUCUGGUAUGAAGUUGAAUUAACAAAUGGGUACAACAAAACAACAUUUUUUUAGCCCAAUUUCACUGCAAGUAAUCCACAAGUUUACAAAAUGUAUACUUGGGCAGAUGGUGCAGCUUUGGCCAUUGGUAGCAAAGGGUAAUGAUUACAUUGUAUCCUCAGUUAUGUUGCUUUUCUUUGACUGUAAUGCUUUCAUGGUCAUUAGUUAUGCACGAUAUCAUUGGGACGAUGUUCAACAGGCGGUUUAUGGAAGAACUGUUUAAGCCGCAAGAUACUUACUCCAAGAAAGCCAUGAGGACAGUGUUUGACAGACUAGCACAUGCAUCAAUCAUGAGACUGAACUCAGCCAGCAUGGAUAAGGUAGGUUGUUGAUUUGGUGAGGUAAAUUAGGCUCAGGUCAAAGUUACACCUUUGACCCCUUAGAAUGAGCUGACCUACAAGACCAGCAAACUUAAAGACUAACAGAGGCUAUAUUCACGAGUUUUGGUCAACCUUUUAUCAGAAAUGUGAAUACAAUUUGGGAAUUUUGAUUUAAUCACUUUUCUUUAUAAGUAUACCUGUCUUGUGAUUCAGCUCUGACUAGUGGUAGACCCCUGAAGGCCUUGGGAAGAUUUUAACUUCCUUACAUCAAUUCCAACACUCAACAGCAACAAUUCAAAAGAUUCAGCUGUACGAAAAGACCAAAAUGAUAGACCUAGUAACUCCUUGCUAGAGUUACCCAGAUUUACUAGAUUGUGUUGAAAGAUUUAAUGGUGUAAGACUGACAAUUUUGGAGGUAGAGUUCUACUAAUGAUCAGCAGUCCAUUUGAACUCUUGUAAGUCUGGAAAUGUCAUGUUUCAGCAGGUAAAACUGUUACAGUAUUUAACUGUAACAAGAUUCAGCAUUGAAGACAUGAAAUUCGGUUGAUACUUCAGAUCUAGAACUAUCUUACAUUUGUAACCAUUUCUUUCGAUUUUUAUUAUCCUUCUCCAACAGCUGUAUGAUUUGAUGACAAUGGCUUUCAAAUAUCAGGUAGAAUUCUGAGUUUGAGUGCUUGAAACAUUUUAUUUUUAACUUUAUUUUUAACUCUCAUGCUUGUCAUAAUCUUAACUAUUCUCUUGUUUGUCCUGGUCAGGUUUCUCUGUGUCUCCGACCCUCUGAUGUUCUUUUAGUCACCUAUAAUCACAUGGAUGCAAUAAGAAGUUUUGCUUCCGAUAACCCUGCUAUCAGUAAUCAAGUAGAAAAUGUUUACAAGCUUCUAUAUGAGGUAAUGGUACAUGUAAUUGUAUGCUCCAGCCUGUAAAUUGUUGAAAAUUAAUGAUAAUCAGCACUCUAUUUCUAAGUAAAACUGGUUCAUCAAUUAUUUAUUGAAGUUGAUAAUUAUGCCCUGGUGACACCAAGGCAUAAUUUGUUUUCAUUAUUGAUGUUUGUUUUGUUGUGUGUCAAACACACAGUUAUUUUAAAUUCUGAAUUCAAUACAAUUACCACCUGUCAUCUUUUGUGGUCAUUUCUAGACAUAUGCCAAAUUGAAUGCUGGGCAAUUUCAAAUCAUACGCCAAACUCUUCUUUCAUUCUUCCAGGACAUGCAUAUUAGGGUGAGUAAGUUAUUUUAACAAAUGUAUUCAUGAAUAUACAGUGUAUUUUGUGAUGGGUAACUUUCAUCCUGAAAAUUCAGUGACUGACUUUUUGACAUCCUUGAGUCUAAUGAUAACUUCCACUAGUUAAAAGUAUUUAAAAGGUAUAGUAGCUCCUAUCAAUGACAAGUCUUUUUGACUUGAGUUUAGUAAAGCCUUGAUGCGAUUGAAAGACUUAUUGAUAUACUAGAAUAUAUGCUGUUCCAUGCAACUCAAGAGCUGUUAUCUUUUGCAGGCUCAAUUUAAAUAUAUGAUCUCAUUUAGCAAUGCUUGAACUGAACUAAUUGGGGUCAGGGAAAUGCUUUGAACAGCUCUCAUGCACCUUUUAAUUCUACACCAUGAUCACAGUAUGUUAUCAAAUGUUCCUGCCAGGGUUAAAUCUUUAACUGUGUUAUAUGCUUUGUGAGCAGUGGUUGUGUUUUACAGUUUCUAAGCUCUUUAUUCUGGUUUAUUUGAUAGGUUUCAAUUUUCUUAAAAGACAAAGUUCAAAAUGCAAAUGGAAAAUUUGUUUUACCAGCUGAUGGAGCCGUCCCCUGGGAUACUGAAGUCCCUGGGUCAAUCAGGUGAUGAUAAAAAUUUGUUGGUUUUUUUUUUUCCAUUAUAUGAGUUAAAUUAACAAAUCAUCUUUUGAUUCUCCUUACAAGCCAUGAUAAUUUAUUUUAUUGUAUUUUUAAGGUAUUUUAAUGCUGAGGGACAAAUCUCAAGAACAAGUCAUUUUGUGACAGGAUGCCGUCAUCAGCUCCCAGACAAGCCAGGAUCUUUUGAACUGUUAGGAGAUCGAGUGAUAAAGCUUGGAAGUAACAUGUAAGCAGGCAGAUUAGAUUCUAUUAUUCAGCUGUUGUGAUAUAUUCCUAAAUGUUUCAGGUAGUGUAAAAAAGUAUAUAACCCUUAAACUCUCAGAAGUGAUUAACAUGUAACUUCUCCCUCUGAUAUUCAUACAUUGUCCAGCAAACAGGUUGUGAGAAUACUCAAACUCAUCAGGUAUAAGAUAUUACUUUGAUCGAACACCAAAUUCUUGUAGCCAAUUUUCAAGGAAAUGUGUAGCAGCUAGAGAGGAGAAUUAACAAUCACAUCUUGGGAGUUGAAGAGUUAAGAUUAAGAUACCUAAUUUGAUUUUUUUCUGUUAUUGUUGCUUAUUCCAGGUACACAGCUUCUAAAACAGUAGACACAGUAACCAGUAGUCCUGCACCAGCAGCCAGCAUGGCCCCUUCUGCUCCAGCAAAGAAAGUGCCAGGGAGCACUGUAUCUGUUGCUUCAACAUUGGUGGGUUUGUAUAUGUGGAUUUGUUUACUUUAUUGGAAUUGUUGGAUAGAAUAGGUUGCAUCUAAAGAAGAGAUCUGAGAUAUUUCGUCCUCAUAUAUCUGAUUGUUACUUCUCCCCUCCAGCUUUUACACAAUUCCUGGCAAUAAGUUUGGUGAAUUUGGUAUUAGAUCCAGAUAACAACUUCUACCUGAUAAGUUUGGGUAUUCUCAUAUGCCCUUUGCUGGAUAAUGAAUGAUUUUGUAAGGAUAAGUCUCAUGUUAAUCACUUCUGAGAGUGAAAGAAGGAAACAAAUGACCCUCUGAUUCCAGGAAUCAACCAUUAUUAUAAAUUAAUACAGCUACAGGAUAGUAAAUGAAAUGCAAAGAACUUCCUGUUUAGAUGCUUCUUUGCCCUUUUGUCAAAGUACUGAAGUGCUGGAAAGUCAGAUUGAUGCCACUGUAACCUUCAGAUGUACAAGCUACAUGUUCAACCAGUUUCAAGAAUGUUGACACUCCUUCUAAAAGCAUCUUUUAGUAACAUUGUUUUAGAGGGGAGGGGUUGGUCACAGGUAUGACUCUAACAAUGAACUCAGCUUACUUUGCAAAGGGUUGUGGCCUAUGGCCCUAUCACCAUAAAUGGGUGUGUGUGGGGGUGGGGGAGGAGGGUAGAUGGAGAACCUUGCUUUCUGUUUUGACAUGGAUCACUUCUGUAAAUUUUCCAGGAACCACAAGGUAACCCGAAUCCCCUUGCAAAAGCUGAGCUCAAUCUUUUAGCUCAUCUUGUUGGAGGAUCAAGUAAAAAGCCAGAGAGUGAGUUGUGUGUUUCUGAUAACUCCUUGUGGAUGAACAUGGAAUCAAAAUCAUGAUUGUAUGACAUACUUACUGGUAUUUUCAUUUUGUUCUUUAGAUCAGUUUAGAUUAAAUCUCUUCAAUACAGAUGAAGAAGAAGAGUAAGUCAAUCAUCUUGCAAUUUUCAAGAAGUAAUUAGGAGAUAAUUGAUCCAUAAUUUUUAAUGGACUUAUUUAAGAAUUGAUAGUCACAUAUUGUCAUUUGGGAAAAGCUUCCUGUACAUUGUGAGAAUCAGAUACAUCAAAAGCAUCUUAUAAGGAAAUAAAACAGUCACAUGUGAACUAAGAAAUGGCUUAGUUCAUCAUAGAGUUCUAUGCAGCUUUCUGGAAAAACAUCAGGACUUUUAAGGUCUGAGGUUUGAUUCAAGGAAGUUGAGUUCCAAACAGGUGACAAGAUUAAGACAUCUAUUUUGGGUACUCCUUUUUUGUGUGUCAACAUACUUCAUGUUGUGGAGACCAGAAACAACACAACAAAAAGAGCUUCGUCGUCAAAUGUUCGCAAAUGAGCGAUUACUCUGAACAUAUCCUUUGAAGGAGAAUGUAAAUUGAAAUGAAAAAAAAAAGAGAAAGAAAAGAAAGGGAAAAAAAGAAAAAGACAGAAAAGAGUCGGCGCGGCUAGGGCUCGAACCAUAUACCUUCGGACUUUGGAGGAGUAGGUUUCUCCGUAGCGCCAGGUACGCAGUCUGACUUUUGUCUCAAGUUUGACAUUAACUGCUGUUCGUUAACUCCUCUGCAUUUUACACCACAAUACUUUUUUUACCGCAAUACUCUACAACUAUACAACAGUACGCACAUACAGUCAUAGACCGCCUUUAGUUUUCUGUGUCAACAUGCUUAAUGUUGUGGAAACCAGAAGCUGUAAGGAAGUAAUGGCCCAUUAGGCUUGUAACUGACUUUGGAAGCUUACUUUAUUUCCCUCUCAGAUAUUAAAUAUUCUUCACGGAUAACUGAUCAUUGCUGUUUUAAUUUUUAUAGGCAAGCAGCCAUCCAAACUCACAAAGAAGCUCCUCACAGAGUCAUCAAAAUUGAUGCUACUAAGGCAAGUGUGGCCAAGAAACUGCUCCAUUCUAUUUCAUGAAAUAAUCAUGAUAAGAUGUGGUGACUGGGUGAUGGGUAAUGCCAGGCACGCAGUCUUUUUGGUGAUCAGUUAUCCCCAUUAUUUUGUCAAAAGUCUGUUUCAAAUACUUCCGUAUGUUAAGUGAUCAAUAGCUGAGUUUGCUUAUCCAGGAUUGGUCUUCAUGCACAUAUGAGAUCUCAUUCAAACGCCAGUUGUUAACCUGUCCCAUUGACUCCGUUUUGUCGGCUCUCGGAAUCAGUCAUAUCAUUAAAAGCGUAUUUCUGUUUCCUAACAGUCGUUAUUCAUAAUCAUGCAGUUACGGAACUCAAAAUUGUCAUAUAAAAUAAACGAGAAAGGGUACAUUUUUUUAAUUUGUAGUGUAUAUUUCCUUACUAUUUUAGAAGGCGCAAAGGAAGGAACUGGCUAAUCUUAUGAAUGAAUUUUCAAUUGAAGGAUCUGGAGAGCGUAAGUUUCAAUUUUGAUUUUGAUUUUCAGGGAAAAUAGAUCAGUAAACAAAAAUUAAGGAAGAUCUUUGAGUAUUUGUAGUUGUGGCCUCCAUGAACCCUGGUCCCAAGAGUUUGAAGGGUCCGAAUGAUUAAGUAAGCUAUGAAUUAUCGUUUUGGCAAAUUAAAACUCGGAAAACUCCGUUGUCAUAUAGCUUCCUUAUAACAAAUUAUUUUUUGUAGUUCAGAGAAGUGUCCUUCUCUUUGAUUCUUUGAUACCUUGCUUAUUAUUUUAUGAAACUUAAGGUAUAGUUAUUUUUAAAAAAAACUAGACUUCAUUGCCUUAGUUGAACAAUUUACUGGCGUUAAUGUUUCAUUAAUGAAGUUUAUGCAAAAAGUUUUGAGGCCUGAAAUUAUUUGAAGUAACGCUUAUCUUUGUUCUUACUUGCUUAGGUGAAAAAGGUGACGAACUGUUAGACUUAAUGGACCAAGCGUAGAAUAAAGUCCUUCUUAGGGAGACGCAUUAUAGGAGAAGACACAAACAAGUGAAAAAUUUUUGUAAAUACCUUCCUUGGUUUUUAUUUAUUUGGCACAAUUUCUGAAUGAUUCAAGUAUACAAGCAGAGUAUAAAACUGUUAACGUCAACCAAGAAGGGAUGAGUUGAGGUCAACUAAAUAUUUUCAAUAGUCGUUACUUGUAAUUUUUUUGGUGUCAAUGUUUUUCGAUGAGUGCCAGCUCGAUGGCUCAAUGACUGUAUUUAUUCAGGGGCGUGGCUGACCUAUACAUACAUACCCACGCGGACACAGCGGUCAAACGUGUGCGCAUGUGGGAACAUUGUAGUGGUUAGGUGGCGUGCCUCCAGGUUGUCAGAACCAAGUUGUCUCACACGAGGUACAAACAAUUAUGCAAGCCAGUCAGUCAGUUUCAAAAGCGUAUAACUUUUCUGAUAAACCUCAAAUCGGAAUGGUAAAUCAACAUGCAACGGGAUACCUGUAAUCAAAUAAACUCUUCUUUACUUUUGCUCCCUCUCAAAGAUUUCUAUAAACGUUCUUUCUUCCCCCCCUAUAUUCUGCACGAUAGCGGCUGUUUCUUACGUUUUCCUCGGAA